AUUAAAAUAUUGAUAACAUUUCGUUCUAUUAAUUCAAAAGAUGCUGAAAUAAAAUUAAAUAGAUUAUGGCUGUUACAACGAUUGCCGGGAAGGGUAAAGGGCCCAUAGUAGACCCGGCGUUAUGCCGAUGUUGUCGCUCUAUAAAGAAGUGCCGACUCUUAACAUCUGAAUACGAAUGGAUGGGUCAAAAAGAAGUUUAUUCAGAGAUGUUAAUGGACUGUUUUGGUUUGCUUCUUUCCAAUCUGGACGGAGACAACAAGGAGUCGUGCAUAUGUGCAACAUGCGUUGUCAGACUGAGAGACGCGUAUGCAUUCCGUCAGCAGGUUCUACAGUGCGAGGAGGCAUUUCUAAAUGCCAAACUACAAAGUAAAGAAGAAGCCUCAAGCAGGAUUGACGUUCAAGUGAAAACCGAGCCGCUAGCAGAUGACUCUGACAUGCCAAUGGACCACAGAGACGAACCCUCCGAUAUGGACUGUAAUGAGGACCUGAAGCCGCCCGACAUUAAGGACGUCAAAGUGGCGAGCGACUACGAAGGCACGAAGAAGCUGAAGAGGCCGAGGAAAGCGAAAGUCGCCGGCAAGAGGGAUCUCGUCAACCGCAUGAAGAAGUACAGGGAGAAGCUGGACCAUUUGAUCGAACCGGUAAAAAUGCUACAGAGGAAGGAGAAAUCGAAACCGAUUAUGGACCACGACACGAUGAUUUAUAUGAACGCGGUCACGAUAGUGCACAAUUCGUACGUUUGCCCCUUCCACAACCGGAUCAGUAUAUAUUACUGCUAUUACUGCCGGGACCAGUUCACCAAUCCGGGCGAGCUGAGAGAGCACACGCUGUCCCACGACCCGAAGGAACUGUUCGAAAGCAUGAUGGAGAACAAGAAGAUCCCAAAAAUCGAUAUAACCAGAAUCGAUUGUAGAUUAUGCGACGUGAGCAUAGACAGUAUCGAUAGUUUCAAGAAGCACAUCUCUAGUGUACACGGGAAACAGAUGCAUCCGGUCACGAAUGAGUUCUUGAAAUUCAAAUUGACCUUAGAAAAUUUGGUGUGCACGGAAUGCGGUAGCGUUUUUCCGUAUUUCGACGCUCUAAAGAAGCACAUGAUCGAUCAUUUCGGGACGUCGACAUGCGAUAUCUGCGGGGCCUGCUUCCUCGAGCCGAACUCGCUCCGGACUCACAUCAAGAGUCACAGCAAAAUUGAGACCGAUUACCCGUGCGAGGUGUGCGGGAAGAACUUGAAAUCUAAAUACAGCAAGUAUUUGCACGUAGCCACGGUGCACGAGAAGAAACCCACGGUGAACUGUUAUAAGUGCGAGGCCAGUUUCUUGUCUUACGCCUUACGCAACAAGCAUCUGAUCGAGGUACACGCCGACAAGCGAACCUUUGCUUGUAAACUGUGCGAUAAAGUUUAUAACAGGCGGAAAACGCUGAUGGAACACAACAGGAGGAUACAUUUGAAGAUCUACAGGCACCAGUGCGAUUUGUGCGACCAACGUUUCUACCUACCGUCUCGGCUCAAAGAGCACAUGGCUACGCACACGGGCGAGAGGAAUUUCCGAUGCGAAUUCUGCGAUAAAAGCUAUCCUAGGUUGCAAUCGCUGCAAGAACACAUACGGUCACACAGCAACGAAAGAAGGUACAAAUGCGACCUGUGCAAUUCGGCGUUCACGCAAAACGGUAGCUUGAAGAAUCACAUGAAGAGUCAUCAUCAGGGAUACGAAUUAGAUACUAGUUUCGGCUGAUUAAUUUAGAGUAUUUAUUAAAUUAU